AUGGAAAGGUGCUGGCAAACUCUCCUCCUGCUGUGGCUGACUGCAGUGGCGAAUAUACUGGGAAAUACUGCAGAGGCUGUGGAAGAGGAUGCUGCCCUGGUAAGAAACUUGAGCAACCAGUCUCUACAAGUCAUCCCUCCCAAUAACAACAAAACCAGUGUUACUAAACUGGUGAUUGAGGGGAACCUGAUUACUCUGAAUGAGACGGACCGACUGGCUCUAGCUAGUUAUCCCACACUGGAAGAACUCAACUUGGACGGUAAUCUCGUCACUGCGAUACCAGCCAACUACUUCUCUGGAGUCCCACACCUCAGAGUGCUGUCUCUCGCAAGGAACAACCUCAGCAGCCUGGACCCUGAGGCUUUCUCUGGCCUGGAUGUCCUGACAGAGCUGGACCUGUCCUAUAACCUGCUGACAAGUCUCCCUGCACAGCUAAUCCGAGAGCUAAAGAACCUACAGAUGCUGAACCUACUGGGAAACCACUGGAACUGUUCCUGUCCACUGCUGAGCACCAUUGGAGAGAUUAACGCAGCAAAUGUUACCAUUGGGGGACCACAAGUCAUCUGUGCAUCUCCAGCAAAGCAGGCUGGAACCAGUCUUCUAGAGGCUACAGCUCAGUGUUCUACAUCACCACGACCCACCAUCACUACAAGUCGACCAAAACUGCCAACAUCAGGCCACUCUCAACAGUCAUCCACCCCCAUGAAGACCACUCUGCCAUCAAGCCAGAACCCCAGCACCAGCAAAGACCAGACACCUGUGAACGGGAACACAUGGAAGUUCACAGCAUGUGUUGCAGCCUUGGCAGUGAUCACCUCCACGCUCAUCAUAUGUGCCAUCAAGGGACCUUCCUGGUAUAAGCUCUUCCACAACUAUCGCCAUCGGCGUCUCCAGUCAGAAGACGACCUGAACCAUCAGACAUUCACUUUUGAGCAACAGAACGGGCAGAGAGAGAAGGAAGAGGAGGAGGAGGAUGGGUACUAUGAGGAUCCAUAUAUCAGGAGGGAAGAGUGA